AUGAGCUUUAAUUUAUUAGUGAAGCCAUACAAGUCCCUUAAAUCAACAAAAGGAGGUUUUGCAAACGCUCGUACGUUACAGUUUUACAGUCGUCGUCCUGCGAUCAGGAAAGUGUUUUUCAGUUGUAUUGAGCGACAGCUCAUGGGUUCAUUGAGUGAAGAGGACAACAGAACCACACAAACGUUAAUGGCUUCCUGUUUUAAAAUCUUUUUCAAUUGUGUGGAUAAAAAGCUGGUGUGGAAAGCUAGGUUUUUGGUGAAGAAAUAUGGGACCCUUGAGAACAUGAUCCAACUCAAACGGUGUUAUUUGUUAUCUCUCAGGAAACUCUUGAGUGAUGGGUGUCCACCAAAGUACUUAGAUAUAUUAAUGGAAUAUAUCUUCUUCUUGUGUAGUUUUGAUGGGAGUUCAUUAGUCCAAAACCAAAAGGAAUUCAAUGCUGUCUUCAAUUCCAAUAUGUACUUGCCGAGUCUCAUUGGGUAUUACCUUAAGAACAAUAUGCCGAACGAAGCAGUCCAAGUCCAUUACUUAGCAACCGAUAAAAACAAUACCAUGUCUUCCGAUGUGGUGUGUGGAUAUAUGGCGAUAGGGUUUCUCCAAAUUUUUGAAAAGACGCAAAACCAAAAGAAUUUGGAGGAGGCGAUCAGGUGGUUUUCGAGGUCGGUCAAAGCGAGCACUUUGUCGUGUUAUGUGUUGAACAAAUUUAUUAAAUUUCUGACGGAAAAUGAUAUGAAGAAAGUUGCACUGAAUUUGGUGGAGAAAGCUCUUCGAAGACAGAGUAACAACAUUUUCGCAUAUCAAUUGAAACUUGAGAUACUUAACAAGAAGAAGGAAAAGAGAGAGUAUCAGAAAACUAGGGUUGCGUACGCACUUACAUUUCCUUACUCGGAAGACGCGAAGGUGUUGGUGAGAAGAAAAAAGACAAAGGUGAAUGAUGCAGUGAAGAUCCUUUUGAAUCAAAUUGAGUUUCCGACUUCUCCUGAUGAACACUAUAAACAGUGGAUUUUGUUAUUUAAAAUAGUGGCAUCAAAUCCUCAACUCAUUCAAACAAAUAAGACGUUCUCAAACCCAUUGUGGAAGGCAAGACACUUCCCACAGAAUAUAGAGAGUCUUGCGUUGAUGGAGAAACGAUUGAUCGACUUGAAGAAGAGGUUCUAUGCCAUUUUGUACUAA